AUGGCAAGCAGUCAAACAAACAACGAACGCUGGUUAGAAAUGGAUGUCACUUUGUUCAAACAGUCAGAUGUCGAGAAAAAAAGCCGUAGUUCACUAUCCGGCACAGAAGUACAUAUGAUUCGCACGAUGAUCAAAGUUGAUACAGGGUGUUGUGAGUUAGCUCUCACAGCAUCUUUAGUUGAACAGCUUGAUUUGGAAUAUUUCGAUACCGUGUCGGUGUCCUCUAGUACAGAUAACAAUGUUCUUAUAAAACGAUACGGGCCAGUGCUUAUUCUUUGGGAAAGAAUCAUCGCCCCUGCUUACGCUUAUUGUAUGCCAUGUUUGAAUGCGCCACUAUUAGGUCUAAAACCACUGCCCAGGUCGAUCAUUCCGGCGACUGGAUCCGUUGACAUCUGA